CGUCCGGGCGCCGCAGGACGAGCUGAUCCCGCGGAACCGCGAGGAGAGAAGGGCGUGAGGAAGAGGAGGAGGAGGAGGAAGAGGAGGAGGAGGAGGAGGAGGAUGAAAUCCCGCGAGAGAAGAGGAGGCAGACAGACAGACAGAAACACGCAGAGAGGAGAGAGGAGAGAAACCGCCGCACGUGAGGUGCGCGAGACCCCGGGGGGGAGGAACGGGACUAAUCGUUAAUUUGGAGGAAAAACAACGGUUAUAUGAAUAUAUUUUUGAAAUAUUUUUGAAUUCUUCUUCUUUUGGCCUUUCUUCCCCCAUCAGACGGAGAACGAGCAGACCGUCCAAAAUGAAUCCCAUGACACAGUUGUACUACAAGAAGGCGACGUACUCGCCGUACCGCGACCGCAUCCCGCUGCAGAUCGUCCGGGCCGAGGUGGAGCUGUCUGCAGAGGAGCGGGCGUAUCUCACGGCCGUGGAGAAAGGCGACUAUGCGGGCGUCAAGCACGCGCUGCGCGAGGCGGAGGUCUACUACAACAUGGACGUGAACUGCCUGGACCCGCUGGGCCGCAGCGCGCUGCUCAUCGCCAUCGAGAACGAGAACCUGGAGAUCAUGGAGCUGCUGCUCGACCACGGCAUCCACACGGGCGACGCCCUGCUCUACGCCAUCCGCAAGGAGGUGGUGGGCGCCGUGGAGCUGCUGCUGUCGCACCGCAGGCCCAGCGGCGAGAAGCAGGUUCCCUCGCUGAUGAUGGACAGUCAGUUCUCCGAGUUCACCCCGGACAUUACUCCCAUCAUGCUCGCCGCUCACACCAACAACUACGAGAUCAUCAAGCUGCUCGUCCAGCGGAAGGUCACCAUUCCCAGGCCGCACCAGAUACGAUGUGACUGCGUCGAGUGCGUCUCCAGCUCAGAGGUGGACAGCCUUCGGCAUUCGCGGUCUCGACUCAACAUCUACAAGGCUCUGGCCUCGCCGUCCCUCAUCGCGCUGUCCAGCGAGGACCCCAUCCUCACGGCCUUCCGGCUGGGCUGGGAGCUCAAGGAGCUCAGCAAGGUGGAGAACGAGUUCCGUCAGGAGUACGAGGAGUUGUCCCAGCAGUGCAAGCGCUUCGCCAAAGACCUCCUGGACCAGGCCAGGAGCUCCAGAGAGCUGGAGACCAUCCUGAACCACAGGGACAACGACCAGAGCGAGGAACUGGACCCCCGGCAGUGUCAUGACCUGGCCAAGCUCAAGCUGGCCAUCAAAUACCACCAGAAAGAGUUCGUGGCUCAGCCGAACUGCCAGCAGCUGCUCGCCACGCUGUGGUACGACGGCUUCCCGGGCUGGAGGAGGCGACACUGGGCCGUCAAACUGGUCACGUGCGUCAUCAUCGGACUCCUGUUCCCCUUCUUCUCACUGAUCUACCUGUUGGCGCCGAAGAGCGCGCUGGGCGGCUUCAUCAAGAAGCCCUUCAUCAAGUUCAUCUGCCACACGGCGUCCUACCUGACCUUCCUCUUCCUGCUGCUGCUGGCGUCGCAGCACAUCGCCCGCACCAACCUGCACAUGCAGGGGCCGCCGCCCACCAUCGUGGAGUGGAUGAUCCUGCCCUGGGUGCUCGGGUUCAUCUGGGCGGAGAUCAAGGAGAUGUGGGACGGGGGAUUCACAGAGUACAUCCACGACUGGUGGAACCUGAUGGACUUUGCCAUGAACUCCCUCUACCUCGCCACGAUAUCGCUGAAGAUCGUGGCCUACGUCAAGUACAACUCCUCUCGUCCCAGGGAGGAGUGGGAGAUGUGGCACCCGACGCUGAUCGCCGAGGCCCUGUUCGCCAUCGCCAACAUCUUCAGCUCGCUCAGGCUCAUCUCGCUGUUCACCGCCAACUCUCACCUGGGGCCGCUGCAGAUCUCGCUGGGCAGGAUGCUGCUGGACAUCCUCAAGUUCCUCUUCAUCUACUGUCUGGUGCUGCUGGCGUUCGCCAACGGUCUGAACCAGUUGUACUUCUACUACGAGACCAAGGCGUCGGAGGAGCCGAGCAACUGCAAGGGGAUCCGCUGCGAGCGGCAGAACAACGCCUUCUCAACGUUGUUCGAGACGCUCCAGUCUCUCUUCUGGUCGAUCUUCGGCCUCCUCAACUUGUACGUGACCAACGUGAAGGCCCGCCACGAGUUCACCGAGUUCGUGGGCGCCACCAUGUUCGGGACGUACAACGUCAUCUCGCUGGUGGUGCUGCUCAACAUGCUCAUCGCCAUGAUGAACAACUCCUACCAGCUCAUCGCCGACCACGCCGACAUCGAGUGGAAGUUCGCCCGCACCAAGCUGUGGAUGAGCUACUUCGACGAGGGCGGGACGCUGCCGCCGCCCUUCAACAUCGUCCCGAGCCCCAAGUCCAUCUGGUACCUGCUCAUGUGGCUGCACAACAAGCUGUGCCGCAGGGGCCCGGCGCCCGGCGAGGAGUCGCACAAGUGUGGCAACCUCCGGGAGUUCACGGAACGUCACGCUGACAGUCUGAUACAGAACCAGCAUUACCAGGAAGUGAUCCGGAGCCUGGUGAAGAGAUACGUGGCGGCCAUGAUACGCAGCGCCAAGACGGACGAGGGACUGACGGAGGAAAACUUUAAGGAGUUGAAGCAGGACAUCUCCAGCUUCCGCUACGAGGUCCUGGAUCUCCUCGGCAACCGCCGUCCCCCCCGGCGACACUACUCCUCCUCCAGCGAGGCGACGAGAGACGAAGGCGCCAUGGCCUCGGAGGACGACAGCGAAUCGGGCGACGGCGGCGGUGGAGUUGGAGGCCAAAGGUCAAGGGGCGUGACCUUCAUGACCCCGCCGGAGGACGACCCGAGGCAGGCGCUCGGCGUCUCGGCCCUGGUGCGGUCCAUUUCUGGAAUGACCCGGGCGGAGAGUGGGGGAGAGGGCGAGGAGGGGGAGCUGCAGGAGAGCAUCGGGUGGGGGCAGGAGGAGGAGGAGGAAGAGGAGGGGAAACCAAAGAGCAAUGGGCUGAAGACGACCGUCGUCCCUCCGUCCUCCACCAGCAUCCUCCCCUCGCCGUCCUCGUCCUUCUCCUCGUCCUUCUCGUCGUCGCUCUCUCGCACCAGGAGUCGCCUGCAGCGUCUCUCGGCUCCGGGGGCAAAGACGGACUCCUUCAAGCGCCUCUCCUACAUGUUCUCCCGCUCCAAACGCAAAGCGCCCGCCAUGCCCCUUCCCCUCCAGUCCCCGCCCUCCUACACCAUCUCGGACGGGCUGCUCCGCCCCCUGGGGAGCCACAGCCACGCCGACCUGGGACUCAGCGACGUGACCAGAAGCGAGAUCCACCUGAACGAGGUGGGCCGCUCGGUCGACAUCGGCAACCCGUCGUUCUCGCCGCGGAGAACCAACGGGCGGGACUCGCUCCUCGCGCUGCCCCUCCCGCCCCCGUGCCCCUGCCAAUCCCUGCACUGUGCUUCCAACAUGUCCGAGUCCAGCUCUCGCCUCCUGGACUCCAGCGAGGACGUUUUCCUGGGGGGAGCGGGCGAGGGCCACGUGGGCGGCGGAGGGGUGAUGGUGAUGGGCGGGUGGGUGGGGCCGUGCAACGAUGUCAUAGAGGACAGCUGUGAGGUCAUAGAGGACUCGGUCACCACGCAGCUAUAGGAGGGACGGACAACCGGACUGUUUUUCUUUGUUUGUUUGCAAAAUGGACGAACGCCUUCGGAGCGAGGGAAGCGGAGAGAGAGAGGUGGGAGGGGCGGGGCCAAGAAACCAACGGAUCCCGGAAUUCUUCAAUGCUGCAUUUCCAAGAGCGGAGCCGGUCCCAGGGAUCGGCGCCACCGACGGUCCUCAAAUGGCCGGCGGUCAUGAAGACAGUUUGAUGGAUCUUCCUCCUGGGGAAAGUUCCCCAAUUGAUGUUUAAGUAUCAGCAGUUUCACAGACGUCUUGUCCUCAUGUCGGGGGGAAGACGCAUGUCGCGCUGCGCUCGGCGACGGGGACAGAUCGGUGCGACGGGCCGCGACGCGUCCGUGCAGCCGCACAUCACACCGUCGUGAUCAGGUCAAAGUCAAACGUACGUCUUUCACGAGCAGACUGUCUUCAUGAACGCCGGCCGCAGGAGGACACAGGCGAGGAGAGUACAACUCUUUUUUUUCUUCAAACACGCAUGAUUAUUAUGGAAUUACCAGGAGCCAAAGCAAGUGUUGAGGAGGGGAGUUUUCCUCCGUGGUUGUCAACGCAGCUGCCGUCUGUCCCUUUAACUUCAGCGCAGUUGGAACCUAGAGUGGAAUUAAAUCGUUUUUAAAAAGCACCUCUGGAAUUUUGAAAGAAACGGAAACUGCCAUCGGACUCCAGCCAAACGAAAAGGAACGCGUCCCACCGUCAACGUGACGCGUGACUCACUUCUGUGGAAAUCUGCAAAAAAAAUGUAUCUUCGUCAGGACAAAAAGGAAAAUGGAAUAACUUCCCCUUUAACUCAUGGAUUCAUGGAUUCAAACCCGCGACCGAAUCACUGGGAUGGAAGGAAAAGGCCUGGAACCAUUGCUCCGCCUGCACCCUCUCUCUCUGCAUCGACAAAGGGCCAAGGAACUUUACUUUAUCCUAAUAAUACUAGUAAUAAUAAUAACUAUAAUAACAAUAAUAAGAGACUUUGAAUAAUAAUGAUAAUAAUGAUAAUAAUGGUUUCUGAACACUGUCUUUGCUUCUAUUUGAGUUGCCUGCGAUAUCACGGCUUCUCGUUCAGCUCUUCCUUAACAAGUACACUUUAACCUUGAUGAAUGAAAACAUACGGUGAUAUUUUAUUGGUGGAGACGGAUGAAUGGGCGGAACGGAGGGGCGGGGCGGGGGGGGGGGGGCAGGAAGAAGAGAGAGGUGAGAGGAAAAGGAACGCGGGACGUUUUCUGGAUCAGAACAGGGAGGAAGGGAGGAGACGAGGCAGCGAGGUGAAGACGAUGGCGACGGGUGUGCCUCUCCAUCUACUGUGUUUGGGGGGGAAAUCUGUUUUAAAGGGAAAUUUCACCAGAAUUUCAUCAUGACUUUUUUUCUUUUCUUUCCUUCUUCUUCUUCUUCUCGGAGCCGCUCAGUGCGGCGACUUCCAACGGUUGGCAUGAGCAGAGGCUGUCGCAUUUUACUCUGGUUAAUAUGCGACUGUCGGCAGUGCAGUAGAGGAAUUAUGCAUGUCUGAUCAAACACAAACACACACACACACACACACACACACUCCGACGACGGUGUGAUGAGUAGCUCCCGGCCAAAUGUUUUGCCCUUCAUGAGAUCUCCCCGGAGUCGCCCAUUGUCUUUGUUCACAUCCUUCAUUUUCUCUUUCAUUCGUUUUGUCUUCCCCUCCGCCACACACACACACACACACACACACACACGCACACACGCACACACCUGCCAUGACAUCACCACCGCCAGCUCUCUUGGCAGAAAGAUUUCGACCGUGCGCCGCAUCGCCGUCUCAAUGAUGUCCCGGUGUAACCAUGGCGACCCGAUUCCUCCCCCGACAGCCUGUGAUGAUAAAGUCACGCCCAGAGGCCGGAGAGCUUUUGCCCGAUGGAGUCGGAGGGUGCAGCGAAGUGGUUAACGAUGACGACGCCCCUUUUAUUUUUAAAUGAUAAUGACUUGUGAUCAGAAGCAAAGACUUUUGGGACGAAAAGCCACAAAAAUCUUCCAAAACACUUAAAGUCCAUCUUUUCGCCACAGUCACACGCCGGCCAUUUUGGAGAGCUAGCUCAAACGCCGUUAUCAUGAUGAGUAAUGUUGUAUUCUGCUGUCAUCCAGGUUACGGCGUCUAACAGCUAACGUUGGCAUUCAACCACUGCGUAGCCAACAUAACUGUUUGCUAAUGUUACGCGAUAUGAUGGGGAAAGGAUUUCUGAUUCUAAAAUGUCAAUCUUUAGCCUUGGGGGUGAAAUGGACUGGACGGAAUCAAGCUAGCAGUGUAGCGUUAGCUUUUGUUGUGGUGUCUUUUCACCCAUGUAAUGUUCGUACAGUUUACAUUCCAACACAGCAGUUUGUUCCAAGUACAUUAGCAUUGGAUUUAGCAUUUAGCAUCUAGCUUACAGGCUUGAUUCAAACGCAUUUUACAUCCAAGGCUAACACCAUAUCUCGCCAUGAAUCAGAAUGAGAGAGAAAAAAUUGCGGGAUCUGACGCUUCCUAAACCCAAAACAAAACAGGUCUAAUGUGAUAAUGGGCCCUGCGUUGUCUUUAAUGCACUGGGAUGUUAGAUGAUUAUCAUAACCAUUAUCUUGUGAUCCUCUGCGACGCUCCAGGCGUUUAUUAAAUCAUCGGUUUGAUCGGUUAGCUCAGACUCACGCCGGGGAGGUCAGGUGUGCAGCGGGGGUUUAUGAAUUUCAAUUGGCUUUUAAAAUCGGCAAGCAGAGCGGCGAAGGGGGGAGGGGGUUGGUUGUACACCACGGGUUUGGUAAAUGUAAUGAAUAUGAAACACCAAGGUGGUGUUGUCAAAUUGUGAGGGGGACCAGUGUGUUAGUGCUUCCUUCCUAUGGGUUGAAAGCACAGACUGUAUAUGAGAAAUGGACGUAUAGUCACCGUGUCCGGAUUGUGAAGCCAAUGCAAAAGUACCUGAAGCCUGUAUUCGCUGUACUGACCAGCAGGGGGCGACUAUGCGAAAGCGACUCGACUGCUCACUUGAUUCAUAACGUCAGUAAAGCAUUUUCCUGAGGAGUUUAUGGUUCAAUCUCCAGUUUCAAGUCUUCUUCAAUAACAUGAUGUUCAUUUUGUUGGGGGCGUGGAUGCAGUGUGAUUGACAGCUAGGGCCGACCAAUGGUUGCAGGUGUAUGUGUAGUGGACGAGCUCUCAGUCAGGCCCCACCCCUCGCUCCUCCACACAUGGUUGCUUCUGGUUUCAAAAAACCAAGAUGACGCCCAAAAACAGAAAGCCUGGAGCUGCAGCUGCUCCUCGGUUUGUCAAAGGAAGUGGAUCUCCUGGUUACCACGGCAACCACCCUGCGUGCUACCACCUGAUAAUCAGGGCGGCGCAGCGCCACACAUGCGCCCCCCCCCCCCCCCCCCGAAGCCUUCUCCGUUACGCUCUGCCGUCAUCUCUCAUAUCCUCUCAGAAAAUAACUUUUUUAUGUUUGGGCUAAAAUGAUUUGGAGCAGCUACUCAUCACACACACACACACACACACACACACACACACACAACAUGUACAUGGCAUCAUUCAGGUUCCCCCCUCUCACCCUCUAAAGGGAUUUUGAGCUUUAAAAACAAAAACUUGUCUGACUCGUUUUUCUUUGUUGUUCAUUUUCCUUCUUUUUCUUUUUCUUCUUCUGGAUUUCCACGUGAAUGAAUGAAUGUAUAUGACUGUGUUAUUUUUCUAGAAGCGGACGGCUAGCGCACGUUGUUGACUCUUUAAUAAAGGCAUCCUUAGAAAACUG